UAUCUGACUACAUUUCCCAGAGUACUACGCUCCUCGUUUCAUCUCAGCUUCGACGAACAGCUUCUAUUUCUCGGUCGCAUCUCAUGUGGGUACAGCAUGGCCGUGUUUGUUGAUUUGAACAUUAGGCAGACGUCGGAUAAAAACUUGCUCCGGAAAACUAUUGAAAUAGCAGCUCAUCUGGGGUACUCGACCAUUGCAGUUAAUUAUGUGAUUGAAUUUCAAGAUAAAAAACAGAACUUUAUUAAACCCAUACCAGUAAAUGAUCUAUUUAAUUCACUUCCCAUUGUUCAGGGUAAAUCUAAACCAAUCCGAGUGCUGAACAGAUUAACAGUGGUGGUGUCUGAUGCUGUACAAUGCAUCGAACUGAGAGCUACAUCACCACACAUCAGGUUGUACGAUAUUGUGGCUGUUCUUCCCAAAACAGAAAAACUGUUUCAUACUGCCUGUAUGACAUUAGAUGUGGAUAUAAUUUGUAUCACUGUAACAGAAAAACAACCAUUUCAUUUUCGAAGACCUCCAGUGAGCGGGGCAAUUGAAAGAGGAAUUUUCUUUGAAAUUAUUUAUAGUCAUGCUACUAAAGAUUCCACAAUGAGAAGAUACACUAUUUCAAAUUCUCUCAGUCUGAUGCAGAUCUGUAAAGGCAAGAAUGUUGUGCUAUCCAGUGGAGCAGAGAAGCCAUUAGAAUUACGUGGCCCAUAUGACAUUGCAAAUCUAGGUUUAUUGUUUGGAUUAUCAGAAGGUGAUGCAAAAGCAGCAGUUUCCACUAAUUGCAGAGCUGUUAUCCUACAUGGUGAAACAAGAAAAACUGCAAUGGGAGUGGUUUAUACCAUGAAGAAAAAUCAAACAUUAUUAGACAAGGAAGAAGAUGAAGUGACACAUCCACUGUCAAAAAGAAUGAAAACUUAAGAGACUUGUGAACUUGUAUUCACUAGAAGAAAUUAUUUUUUCAGCAUCUUGGAAUAUUUGUUUUGCUUCUUUUAUUAAUUUAAAAGUUCUGCAAAGUUCUGCUUUUAACUAGACGAAUCAAUAAAACUUGGAAAACCAGCUAUAAAGCUAAACUAUAGCUUUGUGUAUAAUUU